AUGGGUUCAAUCCGGACAAGGUCUCUCAGAAUCGGCGUCGACGUUGGCGGCACUAACACUGACGCAGUCAUCCUCGACUUGGAUGCCGUCGACCAAGAGAAUCGGGGAGUGCUCGCUUUCCAUAAAACGCCGACGACAGGGCCGAAUGUGACGGAUGGCAUCGAGACAGCGGUCGGUAACGUGCUGGCUCAACUUGGAAAAGAACGCGCAUCAGAGAUCGCCUGUCUGAUCAUUGGCACGACUCAUUUCUUGAAUGCUGUCAUUGAACGAGACACGCGGCGGCUUUCCAAGGUUGCAGUUAUCAGAUUGUCGAAGAGUUUCACAAAGGAUAUCCCACCUUUUUCGGACUUCCCGCCCGACCUCGCUCAGCUCCUGAAAGGCUACUGUGGAUUUGCUGAUGGAGGCCUCCAUAUUGAUGGCUCUCAAGAGGCACCGAUCGUCGAGGAGCAGAUCAUCAGAGAAUGCGACAAGAUCAAAGAACUUGGCAUCGAUGCGGUGGUGAUUUCGGGCAUCUUCUCUCCGAUUGACAAACAUUUCGAGCAAGAACACCAUGUUCGGAAAAUCAUGCAAGAACGUUUGCCAGGUGUGGACAUUGUCUGCUCAUGCGAGGUUUCGAACAUCGGUCUGCUGGAAAGGGAGAACGCCUCAAUCUUGAACGCUUCCAUUCUCAAGUUUGCUAGGCGCACCAUUCGGGGCUUCCGAGCAGCCAUGAGACGUCUGGGACUGGAUUGUUCGUUAUUCAUUUCUCAGAAUGACGGCACAGUGAUCGAUUCUGUCUCUGCCGCAGGUCUACCCAUCAAAACCUUCUCGUCGGGGCCCACAAAUUCCAUGAGAGGUGCUGCAUACCUUGGUCUUGCUCAAUCGGGACGAAAGAACGAGGAACGAGUAUCCACAAUCGUUGCCGAUGUUGGGGGGACGACGACUGAUUGCGGCGUCCUCCUCCCAUCAGGCUUUCCGCGAGCAGCAAGUGCCUAUGUCACUGUUGCCGGUGUCACAAUGAACUUCCCUAUGCCUCAUCUCGAGUCCAUCGGUCUCGGUGGUGGCUCCAUCGUCCGUGAGCACGGUUCCGACGUGAUAGUCGGCCCGGACUCGGUUGGAUAUCAACUCACUACCAAAGCAAAGGUCUUCGGAGGCGAUGUCCUAACAGCCACGGAUAUCGCGGUGGCGAACGGGGAAGAGAUUGGAGACCCCAGCAAAGUCUCAGACCUAAGUCCUGAACUGAUCAGUCGGACACAAGCUCGAAUCAAGAAGAUGCUUGAGAACGUGAUCGAUAGAUUAAAGCUGACGCCGGCACCACUUCCAGUCCUUCUGGUCGGUGGAGGAUCCAUUGUAUGCCCGUCAGAGCUGGAUGGCGUUACUGAAGUCAUUGUGCCGAAGUUCCAUUCGGUGGCCAACGCCGUGGGAGCCGCCAUCUCUCGUGUUUGCGGAACUGUCGACACCAUCUAUGUGACUGACGAUAUGACGGUUACCGAGGCCUUGGAACAUGCUAAAUCCCAAGCUAUUGCGAAUGCAGUUGCUGCGGGAGCAAACCCUGACACUGUCUCCGUGGUGGACAUGGAGACCUUACCAAUCCCUUAUGUGUCCGGCCAGAUCCGGAUCAUCGUGAAGGCCGUUGGAGACCUCUCCACCGGCUACAUUUCUGACAGCAAGAGCCUUGGGGACGAAGAUGACAACAACGACGACUCCUUCACCGAGAACGUGUCCAAGCCGGCCGCGGUGUCGAAUACGGAGAAACAAACGCGCUUCGACUUUGACGCCUAUCGACCAAAGAUCACACGCAACGCCAAGACGGGCAUUGAUGAGUGGUUCCUUUCAGAGAAAGACCUCGAAUGGAUCAGGGACGGAUGUUAUAUCCUGGGAUGUGCGGGAGGUGGAUCGCCCAAAGCCGAGUUUCUUAAGCUCCGCGACCAAAUUCGAGCAGGCCAUACUGUUCGGAUCAUUGACAGCUCAUCGCUUCCUGAUGACUCAUUGAUAUACUGGAGCGGCAUGAUGGGUUCGCCCGCCGUGUCGAUUGAACGAUUGAACUCGGCAGAGUGCUCCCAUGCUGUGGCAGACUUGAUGGAAUAUUUUGGCCAUAAGUCUUUCGACGCCCUUAUGGGGUUGGAAAUUGGCGGUGCCAAUGGUCUUGAACCUAUGCUGAUAGGAUCGUCUCAUGCUUUUGACCGGCCCAUUAUUGAUGGCGACUGGAUGGGUCGAGCAUAUCCGACGUACUGGCAAACCACCUUGGCAGUCUAUGAACCUGGGCAGUUGACUCCAUGCGCCAUCGCCUCAGGUGAUGGAAAGACGAUCAUCAUGACCAAAUCCCCAGACGACGAGAUAGUCGACCGUGCGUUGCGUGCAGCCUGCUCUGAAAUGGGCUCCCGUGUCGGCAUGGCAGCUAGACCAACAACAGCAAAACGGGUAAGGGAUUACGGGGUGCUGAAUACCGUGUCUUUGGCCUGGCGGAUCGGCAGAACGGUGGCACGCGCACAGCAAGAGAACACUGUCCAUACCGUGGCAGAACAAAUCAUCGAUGCCGUGGGUGGUCCCACAACCGCCAAGGUUCUUUUCAGAGGCAAGAUUGUAGAGGUCGAACGCAGGCUCUUCAAGGGACAUUCAUAUGGAGAAAUCACCAUCAAACAGAUUCAAGAGGAUGAAGAGGAAGGCGGCCAUGACAGCCCGGCAGUCGCUGAAGGAGGAGUGUUGAAGAUCCCGUUCAAGAAUGAAAACAUCUACGCAAAGCAUAUCAGUGACGACGGCAAGGAGACCUACAUUGCGACUGUCCCUGAUCUCAUUUCGGUGCUUGAUACUCAGUCUGGUCUUGCACUAGGCGUGCCAGAGUAUCGCUAUGGGCUGAUGGUGACCGUGCUUGGUUUGGCGUGCUCUCCACGGUGGACAGACACCCCGAGAGGGCUGGAGUAUGGUGGACCGAAGGCUUUUGGCUAUAAGCUUGAACACACGCCCGUGGGAGUAUAUGUGAAGCCAAGGAGUGUGAUAGAGCAGUACGGGAGUGCUUAG